AUGGCCUCACCCAGCACCGAAAUGCGGGAUCGCCGCUGGACGAGAGACUCUUACCUCAUCUCGACAGAUGCAUCUCUCGUCUCCGUCACCCAACUCAACGCUGCAUUCGCGUCGGAAGCCGUCUACUGGACCAAAGCCAUACCAGAGUCCUUCGUGAGAGAAAUGCUGGAAAACUCACUUUGCUUCGGCCUCUACGACACCACCACUUCUCAAAAAGAAUCCAGCGGCAGCAGCGGCACCGAGACGAAGGAGUACCAUCAAUUAAUCGGUUUCGCGCGUGUCGUCACCGACUUUGUAUCCUUUGCCUACACCACGGACGUGUGGGUUGACCCCACGCUCCAAGGCAAAGGCCUGGGAAGAUGGCUCGUGGGAUGCGUGCAGGAGGUGCUCGAGCCGAUGCCGUAUUUGAGGAAGAGCGUGUUGGCUACCGAUAGCUGGGACAAGUCUGUGCCGUUUUAUGAGAAGAUGAUGAAGAUGAGCGUGAUUGGCGGGCAGCCGGGAGGCCAGGCGAUCAUGCAGAUGAAGGGGAAGGGGGCGCCUGGGUACACCGAAAAGACCGACUAA